AUCACAAAGGGGUGGCAAACAGGAUUAAGAAAUUGCUAAUAAUUCUGUACAAAUUUUCAUUUUCCAAGCUUGGUCUUCUUAUUUUAUAAUUGUAUAAAAAUGUCAGAGCUUAACACGGAUCACGUUGAUUCUGUAGAAGAGGAAUUAGAAGUUGAAUCCAACUACAAACCUCCACCAGAAAAAACAAUAGAGCAAAUUCUAGAAGCAGACAAAGAAGAUGAAAGUUUACGCAAAUAUAAGGAAACACUUUUAGGAGAAGCAAAAUCUGGAGGUGUCGUUGUAGAUCCAAAUGAUCCAAGAAAAGUAAUAGUAAAAAAAUUAGCACUUUGUGUAGCAGAUAGACCAGACAUGGAAUUAGAUUUAACAGGUGAUCUUUCUCAGUUAAAAAAACAAACAUUUGUAAUAAAAGAAGGUGUUAGCUAUAGAAUCAGGAUUGAUUUCAUUGUACAGCGUGAAAUUGUACAUGGUCUAAAAUAUGUUCAAAAAACUUAUCGUCUUGGAGUACCAGUGGAUAAGAUGAUGCAUAUGGUGGGUUCUUAUCCACCCAAAACAGAAGUGCAAUCAUAUACCACUCCAACAGAGGAUGCACCAGCUGGAGUAAUGGCACGUGGUUCUUAUAGUGUAAGCUCCUUGUUUACGGAUGAUGAUAAACAUGAACAUCUAAAGUGGGAGUGGUCAUUUGAAAUUAAGAAAGACUGGAAAGAAUAAGCUCCCUUUCAUAACGGGAAGCCCUACAACGAUCGCAAUUAAACUAAGAAUGCCAAAAGGGACUCUAAUUUUUAUAGAUAUUCAGUCAUACUGCGAUGCCAUAACUGUAUUUUUUAAGUAAUAAGAGAAAGAGUAACAUUGAUAUUUAUUUAGAUACUUUUCCUAAAUCGUAAACCUUAAAAGUGAACAAUUGGAUACAUGAAUAUAUACAUAUA